UCGGUCAGCUACCAUAUGCGGCAACGGCAUCGGGUACGUCAGCUAUGGCUACGGCUAACAGGGGCGGAGAGGCUGCACAAAGGGCCCCGAGAUCGAGCGGUCCAAUCUGCAGGAAAGGGCAAAGGACCAAACGGACAUGAGAACCACCACCCCAUCUAUCAUACCCCCCACCCACCCACCUAGGUGGGGAAGCCGCCAGCCUACACGGCCAGUAGGUAGGUCACGCCGUGUGUCCCGUAGCCGAAGAUCGUCCGGAGCGUCUCGAGCCCCACGACGUCAUCCCUGCAGAUGAAUCGGGUGGUCCUCGAGUACUUCUUGCCAGCUUUCUGGCCAUCUGGAGCGGCGUGUCGCUCGCUGGUGCGGAUCAUGAUGUUGGCGGUCUCGGCAUCACCGGUGCCGCUCUUCUGCACUAUCAUCACGACGCCGAAGGGGUCACCUGCCGCGACGCCGCUGAGGAAUCAGAUUGUCGUGCUGAUGCCGAUGGUGCCGUGGGUGUUGGUGAUGUGCACGUCCUUGGCCACCCGCUGGAACGUCGAUGGUGUCUCGAGGAGGUGGGUCAUGUGCGCCCAGGCUGCGGGGUUCUGCGUAUGGCGGCGGCCAUGUGUCCGCCGGGAGAUGCUGACCUCGAGCACCAGCUUCCACUGG